GUGAGUCGGUGUGUUGUGGACUCGUGGUGCUGGCUGCCGCUGUUCAGGCGGCCGGGAACGGGCGGUGGGGAGCGGGCGGAGCUGGCCUUGCCUCUGCCUGGCCGGCGCCGCAGUCGGCGCGGGCUGCGCCCGCCGCCGCCAACUGCCCUGAGCGCCUGCUGAGGCCGAGGGAGACGUCGGGGCCUGCACCUGGAGGGAGCCUGCCGCGCUGGCCCCGAGGAGGGGGCGUUGCCAUGGCGACAGCCUCUCCCGCUGCUGACGGGGGACGGGGGCGGCCCUGGGAAGGAGGGCUGGUCUCCUGGCCCCCCGCCCCUCCCCUUACUCUCCCCUGGACUUGGAUGGGCCCAAGUUGGGGGCAACACCCCGGGGUGGGUGAUGCUGAAUGCCCCCCUCCAAGAUUGGGCCCUGGUUAAUGCAUGCGGGCCGAGGGUCGCGGUGCGCAGAAUUUGUGCAACCUGGGGUGCUGGCCCAUGUGCUAACCCUGGAUGCUUAAUCUACUGAGUAACGUUCUGGCGGAGGGGGAGAGGGGCAGAGCUUUGCAAGACAGGAUGGCAUUGGGGCUUUCCAGCUCUCACAGAACCUUCAGCAUCCCCAGCUGCCGGUCUUGGCAUCUUCGAAGUAAGGAGAGUUUUAGAUGCUUCUGGAUGUUCAAUGCUAGCACCUUUACAGACUGGAGCAGCUCGAUUUUCUUCGUAUUUACUUUCAAGAGCAAGAAAAGUGCUGGGCUCCCACUUAUUUUCUCCCUGUGGUGUUCCGGAGUUCUGCUCCAUAUCCACCAGAAAGCUGGCGGCCCACGGCUUUGGCGCAUCCAUGGCGGCAAUGGUGUCCUUCCCUCCCCAGAGGUAUCACUACUUUUUAGUGCUGGACUUUGAGGCCACGUGCGACAAGCCACAGAUUCAUCCUCAGGAAAUCAUCGAGUUCCCCAUCUUGAAGCUAAAUGGCCGGACCAUGGAGAUUGAGUCUACCUUUCACAUGUAUGUCCAGCCUGUAGUCCAUCCACAGCUUACCCCAUUCUGUACAGAGCUCACCGGGAUUAUUCAAGCCAUGGUGGAUGGUCAGCCAAGCCUGCAGCAAGUGCUGGAGAGGGUCGAUGAGUGGAUGGCGAAGGAAGGCCUCUUAGAUCCAAACGUCAAGUCAAUUUUUGUCACCUGUGGAGACUGGGACUUAAAAGUCAUGCUCCCAGGCCAGUGCCAGUACUUGGGCUUGCCAGUGGCGGAUUACUUCAAGCAGUGGAUUAAUCUGAAAAAGGCUUACAGCUUCGCCAUGGGCUGCUGGCCCAAGAAUGGACUUCUAGACAUGAACAAGGGCCUCAGCCUGCAACACAUAGGCCGGCCCCACAGCGGCAUUGACGACUGCAAGAACAUUGCCAACAUCAUGAAGACACUCGCCUAUCGAGGCUUCAUCUUCAAGCAGACAUCGAAGCCGUUCUGAUUGGCCGAGGACAGGAUGGGGCAGGACAGGGUAGCUGUUUGGCCCAGCCCAGAAUUCUCCUCUCCCUCACCAGAGGGGAAGAGGGAGAGUGGCAUAGCUCUGCAUCCAGAGUGUCCCCCAGCUGCCCUGUGGGCUUGUGCCCUUGGCGUGGGCUUGUGCCCUUGCAAGGGCUUGGCCACUUGGCCCUUCUGGAGCAGACACUUUGUGCCCCCCAUCCCCACCCCUCAAUCUCAGCCCAGUAUUAGCCCCUCCCAUUGCGGGCCUGGGCUAGGGGAACCCAGGCACUCACCGCCUCCUCCCUGGUACACAGGCUUCUGUGGGGCCACCAAGCCCCCCCUGUGCCCCCUCCCAUCCAUAGUGCAUGGUGUGUGGUGCCCCCAGGGCUCCAGGACAGAUCAGGCCCCACCUUGUGUCUACCCCCAUCCCCGCUGUGAACGUGCCACUGAAUAAAGUCGGGGAAACGAGGCA